AUGCCCAUUUUACGGCCGCGCUCAACGCCGCUCUGUAGAAGAAGCCGCGGAGGGGGUUUUGCCGCAUGCAUCCUGCGCUCGCAGUCUCCAGCUGUGUGCUCGGACGACGCAGUUGCUGAUGUUUAUGCUGCUGGUGCUACUGUUGCUGCUACUGCUGUUGUUCUUCUGUUUUAG